ACUUGGGAGUUGGGAGUUGGGAGUUGGGAGUAAGAUUCUAUUUCAAAUUUCAAAACCAUCACCAUGGGUUGUGUUUCAUCCAAUUUGCUAAACCAAGAAGACGAGUUCACUCAACUCGGUAGCUCAGCUCUGGGUCACCACAUUGUCUCACUCACUUCUACCACUUAUGGCCUCCUCAAUCUUGAUCCACCGACACCAACUCAGCCCCCCACCACCGCCUCCGCCACAACCCCGCCUACCCCGCCUCCUAGGUUCACCCUCGGUUCCAUUUUCCCCAGCCCACUGUCCGAACCUUUACCCAAACUCCUCCAAUCCGAUCCCGAAGUCAUUAACUCCUGGGAACUCAUGUCCGGUUUAGAUUCCGACAGUAGUUUCCGUUUCUGUUCCAAACUCAAGGGAACCUCAAAAGAAAAUUCAAAUCCUAAUUUAAAACCUCUUAAUAUUAACUUUCUUAAAGUUUGCAAUUCCCUCCCGAAGGAUAAGAAUGUCCUGGACAAGUUCGAGAAAUUAUGCCCACCAAGCGGUGGAAACAAACUCGUGAUUUACACCACCACUUUGAGAGGUAUACGCAAGACUUACGAAGAGUGCAAUGCAGUUAAGUCGGUUAUGGAAAACUUCGGAGUGGUUAUUUGCGAGAGAGAUAUAUCAAUGGAUCGUGGGUUUAAAGAAGAGUUGAGGGAGUUGAUGAAAGAUAAAGAGAGAGAAGCAAUGGUACCACCGAGAGUAUUUGUGAAAGGGAGAUACAUUGGUGGGGCUGAAGAGGUUUUAAAAAUUGUUGAAGAGGGUUGGUUUAGUGAGUUAAUUGAAGGGAUUCCAAAGAGAAAAGUUAAGGGAGUGUGUGAAGGGUGUGGAGAUGUGAGGUUCUUGCCAUGCUUUGGGUGCAAUGGGAGCUGUAAAAUGGUGAUGAACGUCAAGGAAGAGAUGGGACAGAAGCAAGGGACUACUGUUGUGGUAAAGUGCCCUGAUUGUAAUGAAAAUGGGUUAGUGCUUUGUCCCAUUUGUAGUUAACUGUGUUCUGUUGUUA